AUGGAUAUUAUCAAGAAGGCAAUUUGGGGCCCGGACCCUAAAGAACAGUACAGACGGUGUCAGAGCGCUUUGCGUAAGAACAAGAGACAGAUAGACAGACAACUACAUGACCUGGAUGCUGUCGAGAAGAAAACAAAGUCGCUGAUAAAAGCAGCAGUCAAAAAGAACGACCUCAAGACAGCCAAGCUGUAUGCGCGGGAAUACAAAAACGUUUCCAAGACGAUCGAGCGCAUAACCGUUUCCAGAGCGACUUUGGAGUCGAUCGGCAUGAAACUGACCGAACAGCAACAAAUGAUCAAACUCACAGGGUCCAUGCACAAGUCGGCCGAGAUUAUGAGAGACAUGAACCAGCUGGUCCAUCUGCCGCAGAUCGGUCGUACCGUGCAAGAACUGAGCAAAGAGCUGACAAAGAGCGGCAUUAUUGACGAGAUGAUGGACGACAUUCUGGACUCGUCGGAUAUCUACGAGGACGAAGAGGACGAAGACGUGGAAGAGGUUUUGAAAUCUGUUUUGGAAGAGAAACCAAAGCCAGAGGUCCAACUACCAGACACGGUCGCACACGAAGAGCCCGAAGAAACAGAGGAGGUGGACGACGAGCUGCUGGCCAAUAUGAGACAACGACUGAGCGCGCUACAAUGA